AUGAUUGAGCACUCCAUUGCGUUUGUUAUAGGAAAAUUAGGCUCUCUGUUAUCAGAGGAAGCUGAUUUUCUUAGUGGAAUGAAAACGCAAAUUGUGUCUCUUCAUGAAGAACUUGAGUGGAUUAACUUAUUUCUAAGAGAUACUGAUGAAAAGCCGACGACGGCAAAGAAAUAUCGGGCUGAGGAUUACUCUACACAGUUUGGAAAUCAACUGGAGGACAUCAAAAGAAGGAUUGGAGAGAUUUCGGCCAACAAAUCCAAGUACGGGAUUGAAAGUUUUGAAACUGGAGAAACUUCAGCUCGUUUGGAUAAUGGCUUAGCACGAAAGAGAAGGAGAGAUACAGUGGAAGAAGAAGUUGACGUUGUUGGCUUUGAGGAAGAUAUUGAGGAACUAGCGACGCUUCUAAUAGAAGAAGAGUCACAACAGCUUCUUCUUGUUUCCAUAGUGGGUAUAGGUGGUUUAGGUAAGACCACCCUGGCAAAAAGUGUUUAUGAUGAGAUUGAUGCCAAGAAAACUUUCGAUUCUUAUGCAUGGAUUUAUGUCUCUCAAGAACACAUAUUAAAAGAUCUUCUCUCCAAGGCCAUAGCACAACUAAUGAUGCUCAAGAAGGAGGAGUUAGAAAAGAAGAAUGAGGAAGAUUUGAAGAAUUUGCUCUCUGGUUACUUGAAAGAACAGAGAUGCCUGCUUGUAUUCGAUGAUGUAUGGAGGAAAGAAGAUUGGGACACAUUAAAGUUGGCAUUUUUACCACAUCGGGAUGAGGGGAAGCAACGAGUGUUACUUACCAUUCGUAUUGUGGAAGUAGCCAAACAUGCUGAUCCAUUAACUGCUCCACAUCUACUAGCACCUUCGAGUGGUGAGGAGAGUUUUGAACUCUUCUCAAAGAAGGUCUUCCAAUACCAAGCAAGAAAUGAGGAAAUAAGCUACUCCAAAUAUUUGGAAGAUGUUGGAAGGAAAUUGGUUGCUAGGUGCGGUGGAUUACCACUUGCGAUUGUGGUAUUGGGAGUUCUCUUAUCGACAAAGGAGCGAACACUUAGCAUGUGGAACAAAGUAUUUGAAAGCGUGAAUUGGCAACUUAAUGAAGGCCCACAGCAAUGCAUGGACAUAAUAGCUUUGAGCUAUACGGACUUACCGUAUUACUUGCAAUCAUGUUUUCUCUAUUUUGGUCUCUACCCAGAAGACUAUGAGUUCUCUUCUGAAAAAUUGAUUCGAUUAUGGGUUGCAGAGGGGUUUAUAAAACAGAGAGGAGAGGAAACUAUGGAAGAUACUUCGGAAGAGUACCUAGAAGAGUAG